UGUUUCGGCAGUAACAAAGUUGCUUCGAAAACACAAGAUCUCCCGUUCCCAAAAUGAAGAGGUGACCGAUCGCGCAGGUGACGGUGUCAGACGGCGGCAGCCCCCCGCUGUCGUCGACCACUCAGGUGAUCGUGACGGUGACCGACGUCAACGACAACCGGCCCUGGUUCCUAGAGUCAUCCCACCGCUUCAAGGUGCUCGAGAUGGAGGACAAGCUGGAGCCUGUUCAGCUAUGCCAGGUGCUGGCCACCGACCUGGACGAGGGCGUCAACAGGGAGCUGAGGUACAGUAUCGUAGAAGGGGACGGCCAGAUGUUCCACAUGGAUCCUGCCACGGGCGUCAUCUACACCCGGUCCGCCCUCGUCAACGGGGUCAGCCACGAGCUGCUGGUUAAGGUAUCCGACCAGGGGGAGCCCCCGCUGCAUGCCACCUCCAAGGUGCUGCUGAACGUGGUGUCUCGGCCGGAGAACUCGCUGCACCCUCCCCAGAUCCAGGAGGUGGAGGUGUUUCCCACAAUCGAGAGCGACAAAGUGGGCCACGUGGUGGCCACGGUCAGGGCCGGCGACUCGGACGGGGACCUUGUCUGGUACAACAUUGUUGACGGUAAUCAAGAGGGGAAGUUCAUGAUUGACAAGAUAGGAGUCAUCAAGCUGGCCAGCCCCCUGGACUGGGAGACUACCCAGAACUACAACCUCUCAGUGGAGGUCACCGACGGCGUGGACAAGGUCACCACGCAGGUGCUGGUGAGCAUUGUGGACGCCAACGAUCAGUGGCCCGAGUUCACCAAGAGCACCUUCCGGGUGGAGAUCUCGGAGAACAUCCCGCCGGGCACGGAUGUCCUGCAGCUGAGCACCACCGACUCGGACGGGGGCCGCCGCCUCUUCUACUCCCUCUACAACAGCGCCAGCCCCGAGAGCGUGAAGAAGUUCCAGGUGGACUCGUUGACGGGCGUGUUGUCCACGCGGGAGGCGCUGGACCACGAAGAGGCUCGCCGCCACCUGCUCACCGUCGUGGUGUGGGACACAGGCACGCCGGUCAACAUGCGCAACUUUGCGCGCGUCGUCGUUGAGGUGUCGGACCACAAUGACCACCCACCCGAGUUCCUGUCGGCCAUCAGCGAGGUGCGCGUCUUCGAGACGGCCGCCCUGGGCACUGGCGUGCUCCAGGUGCGGUGUCUCGACCGCGACCGGGGACGCAACGCUCAGAUCACCUUCUCCAUCGCGUCGGGCAACGUGGGCGGCAGCUUUUCCAUCCACCCCCAGCUGGGCGCCAUCACGGUGGCCAGAGAGCUCUCCCAGCAGGCCCUUCCGGAAUAUUUCCUCUCCGUCCGCGCCACGGACCACGGCGAGCCGCCCCUCAACUCGACCACCACCGUCCACGUCGUGGUGACUGUUGCCAGCAACGCCCCGCCACGCUUCACACCGUCCAGGCGCGGCGUCGAGCUGUUCGAGAACGAGCCUUCUGGCACGUUUGUGGCCACUCUGACCAUGGUCAGCCAGACAUCGCUCUACUUCGAGAUCGCCGACGGCAACGACGGCGACAGUUUCCGCGUCGACCCCACGUCCGGCGUCGUCUUCACCAACAGGGUCCUUGACUACGAGGGCUGCCGGUUCUACAACCUGACGGUGGUGGCCACCAACAUGGUGGGCGCCAACGCCUCGGCGCACGUGGCGGUGCACGUGCUCGACAGGAACGACAAUGCGCCGCGCUUCCUGCGGGACCGUUACCGGGGCCUGGUCAGCGAGGCCGCCGAGGUCGGCAGCGUAGUAUUGGCGGCACAGGGCGACGCCCCGCUGGUGGUGACCGCCGAGGAUGCCGACUCGGAGGCCAACGCCCUGCUCGUCUUCGAGAUUGUCGAGAAGUGGGCCCGCAAAUUCUUCCACGUCGACACGAGCACGGGUGCACUCAGCAUUGUGCACAAGCUUGACCGUGAGGCCAGGGCCCAGUACAGCUUCCAGGUGCAGGUGUGGGACUCGGGCAAGCCCCGGCUGUGUGCCCGGCGCCCGGCGACCAUCUUGGUGAACGUGACAGAUGUCAACGACAGCCCACCCGUGUUUGAGCACCAGUACUAUAACGCCAGCCUGCUACUGCCCACCUACCAAGGCGUCCGGGUGGCCAGGGUUCGGGCUUCGGACCCGGACCUGGAGUCCCCGUUCGGGGUCCGCUACACCCUGGUGGCGGGGGACCACGAGGGACAUUUCGAGGUCCUCCAGGACACUGGGGAAGUGCUGGUGCGCAACCCAGAAGGCCUCCAGGACCUGUACCGCCUGGUCGUGUCUGCCAACGACGGCCAGUCUGAGACGGCCACCUUCGUCAUCGUCACGGUGGCCCACUCGGGCAACGGCAACGUCCGGUUCGCCCGGGACUCCUACGAGGCCUUCAUCUCUGAGAAUGCGACGGAGGCGCGCAUCGUCACUGUCGUCAGCGUGCUGGGCACGUCGCUCAACGAGCAUGUCUCCUUCCGCAUCCUCAACCCGAGCGACAUGUUCGAGAUCGGCCCGACCUCGGGCGUGGUCCGCACCGUCGGAAGGCCGUUUGACCGGGAGCUGGUCGGUGCGUACCGGCUGGUGGUGGAGGCGCGGAGCGAGGCCGGCGGACCCCAUAACGCGGCCCACGCGGUGCUGGACGUGGGAGUCCUGGACGUGAACGACAAUGCCCCCAUCUUCGUCAACCUGCCGUACUACUCCGUGGUUCCGGUGGAGGCCAAGGCGGGAGACCUCGUGCGCAAGGUCGAAGCCAACGACCUCGACCUGGGAGAGAACGGGCGGGUGCGCUACCAGCUUCGAGAGGGCGACUCCGAGCUGUUCCACGUCAACGCGGUGUCAGGGGAGAUCACCCUCAGGCAGCCUCUCGGGACCCACAACACCGAGUACACCCUCGUCGUGGCCGCCGUGGACAACGGCAUCCCCUCGCUGGAGACGGAGGCCGUGGUGCCCAUCAAAGUGGUGAACCGGGCGAUGCCGGUGUUCCCGCGCCAGUUCUACUCUGUCUCUGUGCCGGAGAACCUGCCCCCGGACGUGCCCGUCAUCACCGUGCAGGCCGACAGCCCCAAGGGACGCCAGCUCAUCUACAGCAUCGUGUCCGGCAACACCAACGAGGAAUUUGCCGUCGACUUCAACGCAGACCCGGCCCAUAGUAAUGGUCCAUGUGUCGUUUACGUCGUAGAGCAGCUGGACUACGAGACCCACCAGAAGUACCAGCUUACCCUUCGGGCCACGGACUCUGUUACCGGAGCCUUCUCCGACGUCCUCGUGGGCAUCACGGUCGAGGACGUCAACGAUUUCCCGCCCAUGUUCAGUCAGCCCUCAUACAACACCAGUGUUUCAGAGGCGACUCCGUACACGACGUCCAUCCUCAAGGUGCACGCCAGCGACAGGGACACGGGCGCCAAUGCGCGUGUCCAGUACAGCCUGGAGGCUUCUGCCCUGUCCACGUUCCACAUCGACCCGGUGGAGGGGGUCAUCGACCUGCGCAUUCCGCUGGACCACGAGGCGCAGCCUUUGUACCACCUGGUGGUGACGGCCACGGACGCGGGCUCCCCCUCGGCGCUCAGCUCGACCGCCCACGUGUGGGUGACGGUGCUGGACAUGAACGACAACCCACCAGCCUUCCCGCAGCUGUCCUACAGCUGCGCAGUGAGCGAGCUGGCCCCCAGGGGGCAGUUCGUGAUGAGGGUGGCGGCCUCGGACCCGGACUCUUCGGACCGGGACCGCCUGGCCUACUCCAUCGUGGGUGGCAACGAGGCGCAGGCCUUCGCCAUUGACCGCAAGACCGGCAUCGUGACACUGUCCAACCUGCACCAGUUCCCGCAGCAGCCAACGUACCUGCUAAACGUGUCGGUGACGGACGGCGUCUACCUGAGCCACGCCAAGGUGAAGGUGGCAGUGCUACCCUCCAACCGCCACUCGCCGGCCUUUACGCACACCGUGUACGAGGCCGCCCUGCCCGAGAACCGGGAUGCCGGCUUCCCCGUGGCCACGGUCACCGCCACCGACAAGGACCGUGGCCAUUUCGGGCACGUCACCUACGCCAUCCGCAGCGACGACUGCGCCACGCACUUCAGGAUAGACAAUGCCACGGGUGAGAUCUUCACGACCAAGCCCCUGGACCGGGAAAGCAGGCACCUGUACCUGAUCCCGGUGUCUGCAACAGACGGGGGUGGCCGCCUCGCCUUCACCAUGGUCCGGGUGACCGUGACAGACGUCAACGACAAUGAGCCCCAGUUUGCUGUCUCUGAGUACCGGGUGAACAUCCAGGUCAACACCACCGUGGGCACCACCAUACUCAAGGUGCGUGCCUUUGACAAAGACAAGGGAAUGGCUGCCACACUCCAAUACAGCAUCCACGACAGUGGGUCUCUGUCCAACAUCACUUCCUUGUUCAACGUGACCCACGACUCCGGAGAGGUCUAUCUCAAAGCUCCACUCGAGGGGAAAGAAAACAACGCCUACCAGUUCUUUGUGCGCGUGCGCGACCACGGCACGCCCAAGCCCCUGGAAAACGUCGUCCCGGUCACCGUGGUCGUGAUGCACCCCGGGGAGCUGGGACCUCGCGUCGACCUCGCCACGUCGCACUACUUCCUGCGGGAGAGCGACCCCGUGGGCACGGUCGUGCUCACGCUGAAUGCCUCCCAGCCGCACGAGCACCACGGCGACCCCUCCAGCCACCAGCUGACGUACACCUUCGUGCCUGCCCCGGCGGGCUCGGACCACGAGCUCGAUGCCUCAACCUUCAGCCUCGACGAGCGGGGCCGCAUGAUCCUUGUGGGGGAGCUGGACCGCGAGCGCCAGGCGGAGUACUACCUUGCAAUCCGUGCAGAGACGGAGCUCUCUCUCGUUGCGACGGUGGACGUGACCGUGCUGGUGAACGACGAGAAUGACAACGCACCUAUCUUCGACUCGGCGUCCUAUCGCGCCUCCGUCGCGGAGAACGCGGAGGAGGGCUGCGCGGUGGCCAAGCUGACGGCGCAUGAUGCCGACAGGCUGCAGAAGAUCACGUACGAGUUCUACGAGGGCAACGACCCGGCCGCUGACAUCUUCCGCGUCGACGCGAUCACCGGGACCGUGACGACGCUGGUGGCGCUCGACCGCGAAGCGGUGCCGUCCUACAACUUCACGGUGUCCGCGCGCGACGACGGGCUGCCGCCGCGCUCCGCGACGACGUGGGUGUUCGUCGAGGUCGUGGACGUCAACGACAACGCGCCGGCGUUUGCGCGACCGCGCUACGACGCCGCCAUCCUGGAGGACGCGGUGCCGGGCACCGUGAUCGUGACGCUAGAGACGAGUGACCCCGACGGGGUCGGGGCCGGGCUGGACCUGUACGUGGUGAGCGGGGACCCAGAAGAGCGCUUCGGGGUCCGCAGCACGGGCGAGGUGUUCGUGGGGCGGCCGCUGGACCGGGAGGCAACGGCCUCCUACUUCCUGGAGGUGGUGGCCACCGACGGCGUGUUCGUGGCCACCACCCAGCUGGCCAUCGACGUGCUGGACGCCAACGACAACCCGCCCGUGUGCCUCAAGUCCAAGUACACGGAGCUUGUGUCGGAGAGCAUUGCGGUGAACACAUACAUCCUGACAGUGGAAGCGACGGAUGCAGACGAGAACAGGAAUGCUCAACUGCGCUACUACCUCUCUGGCAAGGGCUCGGACGACUUCUUCAUCAACUCAACCACAGGAGUACUUCGGACAAGCCGCCUGCUGGACCGGGAGCGGCAGCCGCGCUUCCGCCUUACUGCCCACGUGCAGGACUGGGGCCAGUGGGACUGGGAGUGCACCAGCGCGGUGGAGAUCUUGCUGAGCGACGUGAACGACAACGCCCCCGCCUUCGGCCAGGACGCCUACACUGCCACCGUGGCCGAGGACGUCGACGUGGGCACCCUGGUCGCCAAGGUCCACGCCACGGACAGGGACCUCGGCUUCAACCGCAGAGUCAGCUACUCGUUCGUGGAUUCGGCGAGGGGCCACUUCAGCAUUGACGAGACGUCCGGCAUCGUGAUGCUGAACCGGCCGCUGGACCGCGAGGAGCGCGCCACCUUCAACCUGACGGUGCAGGCGAGCGACCAUGGGACACCACAGCUCUCCAGCCUGGCAACCCUGCUCAUUGUGGUGCAAGACGUCAACGACAACCCGCCUGAGUUCUCGCGCAAGUUCUACCACGCCGUCGUCUCGGAGGCCUCUGCCGUGGGUGUCGAGGUGCUCAAGGUGCUGGCGACCAGCCGGGACAGCGGGCUGAACGCGGAGGUGACCUACUUCUUCAGCGCUGGCAACGAGCUGGGCCACUUCAGCAUCGACGCAAAGACAGGUUCUGUCAAGGUGGCCAAGCCCCUGGACUACGAAGACGUGCGGGACUACUUCCUGACGGUGCUGGCACGGGACGGGGGUUUGCCGGCCCUCAGCAACCAGGCCUCCGUCAACGUCUCGGUAACCGACUACAACGACUGCCCGCCCAUGUUCGGACUGCCGGUAUACAAUGCCGUGGUCCGAGAGGACGCCCGGGUCGGAGACCGCAUCAUCCAGGUAAUAGCAAGCGACGCGGACAGUGCGGCCAACGCGGCACUGCAGUACGCCAUCGUGCGGGGGGACCGUCACGGCCAGUUUGCCAUCGACAAAGAGACGGGCUACAUCAGCGUCGCCGCAUCCCUGGACCGUGAAAUGAUAUCCAACUACGUCCUCGAAGUGGAGUGCACAGAUGGAGGCACACCACCGCUGUCUUCAAAGGUGCUCGUCAACAUCGAAGCCUCGGAUGUGAACGACAACGCGCCCCACUUUGCACAGGCCAACUACUCAGCCAUCGUUCAGGAAGGCAAGCCGGUGGGCUUCACUGUGCUCAAAUUCACCGUGAGCGACCCCGACUCAUCCCCCAAUGGGGCCCCCUUUGCGCUGGAGAUCGUCUCCGGCAACGAAGACGGCACGUUCCGCCUCGUUCAGACGGACUUGACGCUCCGCACGGCCUCCAAGCUCGACCCCAAACUCCGAUCCGAAUACGAGCUCGUGGUCCGUGCUUCCGACUCCGGAGCGCCGCCGCUGUCCUCCGAGUGCCGCGUCUUCGUCAAGGCCAUCGAAGACAGCCAGUUCCCACCCGAGGCGUCACCCAUGGCCGUGUCGGUGACCUCGUACCUGGACGACUUUCCCGGCGGCGUGUUGGGACGCGUCCGGGCCACGGACCGAGACCCCUACGACCAGCUGGCCUUCGAGCUAGCCUCGUCGCACCAGCACCUCUUCUCGGUGGACCGGGAGGAUGGGACGCUGAUAGCGCUGCCGGGGCUGGACGUUGGCACGUACUCGGUCAACGUGAGUGUCUCGGACGGGAAGUUCACGACGUACGUCGGCGUGUCGGUGGAGGUGGUGCUGGUGAGUGAGGAGGGACUGCUGAACGCCGUCGGGCUGACGCUGGCGGACGUGACGCCAGAGGACUUCCUCCUCACCUACAAGAAGGGCUUCCUGAAGGGCCUCCGGUCGCUGCUCAACGUGCGGCUCAAGGAGAUUCAGGUGAUCAGCAUUCAGCCGUCCGCGGAAGAGGGUGGCGGAAGCCAGCCCGCGCAGAGGUCCCGGAGGAGCGCGGGGCAGGACCUGGACGUGCUGUUUGCGGUCCGCAAGGGGGCCCACGGCUACUACUCCGCCAAGUUCCUCAAGACCCGCUUGAAGGAGAACCUGCCACUCGUGGAGGCUGCGUCCGGAUUGCGGAUCGUCCAGGUGGCGGAGGACCGGUGCACGUCGACUCAGUGCGUGCACGGGGAGUGCCUGGACCACAUGGCGCUGGACCGGACGUUUGCAGUGAGCGUAACCACGGACCAGUUCAGCUUCGUGUCGCCCCAGCACAGCCGCCGGCUGGACUGCCAGUGCAAGCCCGGCUUCGGAGGGCCCAAGUGCGAGAUGGCGGUGAAUGAGUGCUCGCGCAAGCCGUGUCCCCCGGAGCGGCUGUGCGUGCCGGACUCCUCCAGCCUGGGCUACAGCUGCCAGUGCCCCGAGGGGAAGACCGGCCCCGGCUGCACCCUCGUCAUCACCUGCCAGGACCCGGACUGCUACGAAGAGAAACACCCAAUGUCGUUUGGGGGCAAGAGCUAUGCCCACUACUCCCUGGUGGCCCCCAUGGACCGGAGGCUGACCCUGGCUCUGAUGCUGCGCACGGUCCAGGCCACGGGGAACAUUGUGUAUUCGGCCGGUGCAAGGGACUACAGCAUCCUCGAGGUGGUGAGUGGCUGCGUGCAGUACCGGUUCGACUGCGGCAGCGGCGAAGGCGUGGUGCGAGUGGAGCAGGUACGGGUGAGCGACGGCGCCUGGCACGAGGUGACCCUCGAGCGGCGGGGCAACUUUGCCCGCCUCUCCGUCGACCGGCGCCACGAGGCCUCGGGGGCCGCGCCCGGCGUGCACGACGUGCUCAACCUGGACGGCAACGACCUCUUUCUCGGCGCGGAAGUGCGCCUCGGACACGAGGAGCCCCGCUACGACGACGUCCGCAUGGGGCUGGUCGGCUGCCUGGACGACGUGCGCGUGGACGGCGGGCCGCUGCCACUCCACGUGUCGGGGGGCGGGGCAGUGGCCCAGCUGCGACGCUUUGCCAACGUCCAGUUUGCCUGCAAGACUCUCUUCAACCCCGGGGCCUGUGGCAGCCAACCUUGCCUCAAUGGGGGCUCCUGCGUGCUAGGAGGGGAGCCCCCAGCACGAGAGUAUGCGUGCAGCUGCCUGCCCCGCUUCGAGGGCCCCAACUGCGAGCUGGACACGAACCCGUGCGCGUCGGCUCCAUGCCUCAACGGCGGCACCUGCCGCAACGACCCCCCCGGGGGCUUCGUGUGCAGCUGCCCAGGGCGGCUGAGUGGCCGGCGGUGCGACUACGGGCGCCACUGCAGCCCCAACCCGUGCCUCAACGGGGGCGUCUGCGAGGAGGGUGCCCGGGCCCCCGUGUGCCGCUGCCGGGGCUUCCGGGGGGCCCGCUGCGAACAAGACCUGGACGAGUGCCUGCACAUGCCCUGCGCAUCGGGGGCCACCUGCCUCAACCUACCGGGCAGCUUCCAGUGCGUCUGCCCCAUCAACGCCACGGGUCCAUUGUGUUCGGACCGCCAUCGCAGCAGCAUGGUGGGCUCGCUGUUGCCGACACCGCUUCUCGAGAUGGUGGUGGUGGCUGCGGGGCUGGUGCUCCUCUUCGUGCUGGGCACCCUGGUGGCAUGCUGCUGGAAGCGCCGCCGGAAACAGCGUCCGCCCGGUGGUCGCCACUGCACGGGCGCGUUUGGUCACCACGGGGGCCACCCUUUAGAGGCGGGCGUCGGCAGCGAGAUGACGGUGAAGAACUGCAUGCUGGGCACCAAGGACAACGUCAAGCGCAUGAGCAAGGUGAGCAACCUGGAACAGCAGCAGACGGCGCUGGCGACUCCUCCGCUGCCGCCGCGCCCGGCCUCGUACACGCCCAGCAUGCAGCAGGACACGGCGCUGAACAACUUCGACACCGUGCGGAGCUACGGGAGCGCUGCCGACGACCUCGAGUCCCGCUUCCAGCCCAACCAGCUCAGGGCCCACAAGGAGCUCAGGGCCAACCUCAGCCCCAGGACACAGGGCCCCCCGUGCAACUCCGCAUCCGAUACCGCCUCCCUGCACAAGGCGGCCUGGGAUGCGGACAAGGAACGCAUCUACCUCGACAAGAUCCCUAAUGAUCUAAAGGCUGCCAAAGCGAUGCUUCCACCCAUGUCCCAGAACAGGAACCUCUCUGCCCUGCCCGCUAAGAGUCCUCCCAGCGUUGGAGUCAGCUCUGCAACCAGCCUCGCUUCCGAAGAUCUGCCAGAUUUGCUCUCUCACUCAGACGUUCACAGACUUACUCUCAGCCCUUGCUCCCCCGCACGUGCUCGGAACGUAGAGAGCGAGCCGACCUUUGCCAACGCUGCCCUCCCCGCCCCAGGCUACAGCUGGGACUACUCGGACCUGACGACGGAGCAAAAGCCCCUGGCCAACAUCAGCGAGGUCCCGGGCAACGAGGUGCAGGACUCAUGCAGCCUGCGCAGCGGGGACUCCAACAGCCGCAACAGCCAGAUGGACCUGCUGCCCGGACUCAAGGACGAGUCGGACUACGUGGGCGACUCGGAGAACAACGAGUCCCUGGACGGCCAUGCCCCCUUCCAGGGCUACGAGCAGCUGCUGCAGAUCAGCGAGGACGACGAAGAAGAGCCAGCCCAAGGUGCCUCCCCGCACCGUUACGAGCGCCACCCGAACCAGUACCUGCCCUCGCACUGCCUGAGCAAUGACCAGUCACCCGCAGACGACCUCUCGGAGGACGGAGUUGUGUCCUACGGCUUCCCCUCCCAGGGAGGCCGCGGGUUCCUGGUAGAGGGCGCCCCGUCCUCCUCCCACCUGUCCUGUUCCGACCUGUCCGUCAACAAUGUGUGCGACAUAGAGGACAGCGAUGAGGACGACGACGACACGGACAACACCGUGGUGCAAAAACCGCCUCCCUCCACUACGACGACGGUGGUGUGACGGCUUACGUGUUGGACGGCUCGAGCAACGUCGAAACGACAUCGAUUUGGCACACGCCCCAUUGGUGCCGCUCAGCAUCAGCGUUGUGGGACGUUGCAACGUUGGAACGACAUCUAUUGGGCAUCGACACGCCACAUUGGUGCCACCCGGCAUCGUGGGACGUUGCAACGUUGGAAUGACAUGGGUCCAGUGCUUCUUGAAAUUGGUGGACGUUUCCAAUGUCGUUGCGCAACGUUAGAAUGACAUUGCUGCGGCGUCCCUCGGACAUCGUGUUGGUGACUCUGCGUUGGUGGGACGCUUACACAUGGUUGUGCGACAUUGUUUUGGCAUUUUGUUGAAUUUCCCAAUACUGGGGCAAGAAAUCAGAGUUCGACGUUUCUCAGGUUUCUUGUUUCAGUCUUGGGUCAUUCGACAAAAUGGUAAAUACGCGCCAGCUUGCCCGCGCUCUCACUGUAAUUUUGUUGGUUUGGCAUUGCUCUGACGUUGCUUCGGCGCCACUGAACGUUGGUGGGACGGUUCAACUUCGUUGCCAAGUGCGGUGAACUGGAGGAAUCGGAGACUUCCCGGCGCCAUCGCUGCGCCGCCGCCGCCGUGAUCUACGGUUGUGUGAUGUGUGCCUUUCUUUUUUCAAACGACUUUUCUGAACACUUUAGGCUUAAGUUGAGUGCCGCGUCAUAAUAGGGCAAGGCUGUAGGGACAGAGUGAAUUGAUGGCAGCUUAUUGCAGAUUUAUUCUUUUUCUUUUUCUGACAUGUCAGCCGUUUUUACGCAGGUUUUAGAAAUGAUUUUACUAGUUACGUAGUGUUGAACAUAUUUCGUGCUUGGAACUUCUCUUAUUUACUCGUCACGCCGCCACAGAAGAGCAAAGUCCCGAAAGUAACUUAUUUUGGUCUUUUAGUUGACAUCUUCAAGGGUGGGACAAUGUUCGUAACUUUUCCAUUUGCAUUUCUACAUUGUUCGCUCUUUUGUUUCAACGUUUUCAUCAUAUCAUCAAACUUGUCGGAUUGUGAAGACACAGGUGUCGGGCACACUUGCAAAUUUCUCCCCAAAACACAAAUGAAUGGGCGGCUAGUGAGUACAGUCACCCGGUUGAACCGCAUUGUCACGGACUGCCGAUAGCCACACGGUUCACAGCAUUCGUCCCUGAAUGCAGCUACAUGCCCUGCCACCGUUUAGCGUCAGGAAUCGCUCCUCGUCACGGGGAGGAAGUGCAGAUCUUCGAACCUUUUUGUAUAACCAAGCGCGGGACUGGCUCUCAGCGUAGACGGAAUUCUCUUUGCCGAAGAAAGUGCCAUUGUCACAGACCUUUCGUACCGUGGCGCGCGUGUAUGUUGUUUCCGGGCGCCGACCAUGAGAAGCUCAGGUAAACGACACUUAUCGGUCAAGCGCCCCCUUCUUUUUAUUGCGUGUGAAGCUUGUACCCGAAGGGCUAACCUUCAGGCGCAAUUUUACGAAAUACGUUUAUCCGGUAAUGAGCAAAUUUAUGUGCGGUUCCGACAAUGCGGGAACGAGUAUGGCCAAGUGGCUCGCUGGUUGGUUGGCUUUUGUAUGCGAGUCUGAAAGCAGGGCGAAAAUGGGCAGCUCGGCAUUAUAGUGGGUGCUCUCGCACUGUUUUGUUGCAGCCAUCGUAGGAGGUCGCGUUCACAUGUUAUGUAUUUAGGAAUUCUUAAAUUUGCUUGCUUCCUAGCUCGAAUAUUUUUGUUUAUCGCCUUCGACGCGGCAUUCUAGUUUGCGCAGCUACCACCUACUUCACGAGGAUCAUCCGCUUUGGUGCAUGUCGUCAGUACCUGCCUUUAUUUUUUUUUAUAAGUUUCGUUGACGUCAUUUGUUACAAACUAGAUUUGAAACAAUACACUCGUUUCCCUUUCCGGAAGACAGUUGUGACUGUUUGGCGUGCAGCGUUUAGCAGGAGUUUGUUGAAACGUCAGAGACUAUUUUGGUAUCCCAUGCGCAUGUACGUCGUGUACGAAUCUCCCGUGUCUGCUUCAGCGGAUGGAAGGAUUCACGCGUAGUUAACUGCUAAUUGUUUUGGCCCAGACUUCGGUCGUUUCCAAUACGAGAACGUCAUUCAUAUUAUUGUUGCACCUGCACUUUCUGAGUUGUUCAUGCGCAUUGAAUGAAGGGCUUGAAAAUUUGAAAUUAGCCAAAGUUUCGAAGUAGGUGACGGUAUGAAUUAGGAAAAAAGGCAUCACAGAAAAGGAAUGUGGCACCAAUACCAAAAAUGUGCAUUUCGGGUGCAGCACUACAUCAUGAUGCCAUAUUUAACAGAAUUGCAAGGUACCGACUUCUCGCAUUGUUUGUCUGGCUUGGAUGGGAAAACAUGUCUGAACAUUCAUUUAAUCCAUCAAAGGAUUGUUUCUUUUAUAAAUUCAGAUCAUAGUCAUUGAAACUGAAUCAGUGUGACCAAGGGUAAGAAGGGUACUGAUCUUAAUGCAAUGAAGUUCAGAAUGGCACUUGUCUCUGUCCAUUUGAACAGGGGCCUGAAAAGACUGUUUUCUUCCAAAGCGGUUCAUUAAAGAUAUGGUGGCAUAAUUCUCACAAAAAUUAAUUUCAAUAUUGUCACGGGUCAAAUCGUUCUUUGUAAACAUCAACAAGACACAGGAAGGGACAAAAGUUAAGCAGAUGAAUGAAUUUGUCUACUUGGUAUUCAUCUUUAGAGGAAAGCUGAAGCACUUUUCAAGAACUCUGAGUUAGGAGCAGAUUUCUAUAUCUUUUUGUCCCAUGAAUUCAGUUAUCGCACUUAUCUUGAGCAGAAGUAAACAUAAACCACAUUUAUUGUGAAAAAUAUGUGCAGUGGUUCUCAUCGAGCAUGCAGUGAACCUCUCUGCCGCCUGCUAUUUGUCGAUGAGCGUCGUGACGUCAUUUUCGGCGUUCUUAAGCCAGCUUAGUGGAGAGCAAGGGUUCUUCUGAUUCCGCGAGGACGUCACUUUUGCUAAUUUUUAAUUGUCGCAAUUUUAAUAGGCUGUUAAGACGCUCCCAUUAAUAAGAUUGAAAAAAAAAACUUAAGGCACAUUUUUUAAGGUGUCUUCAUUACAGCUUUUACUGUUCAUUUGAAUUCAAAUAUCUCUUCAGCUUUCCUUUAAGUACAGUUUUUAUAUCUAGCCAUGCGUUCGCAACAAGCCCAACAAACCACCAUACCACUUAGGGCCCAUUCACCCUUUCUCAAUCGCCAAUAAUUGUCACGGCGAUUUGUUCAAUGUCGUAACACCAGCGCAGAUCAUCAAUUGGCUGCCGUUAGCGCUGUGUCAUCACUUAGUCAGUGACAAGUUAAGAAUGCAGCAGAAGCGCCGCUGCCUUCUGUAGCACUUUGGCUGUGCUUGUUCAUGAGACACCCAAGCAUUAUAUUGAAGGUAAAAAGCUUUCGCUGGAGGAAGAGUUCUGUUGCAUUCUUAACCUGUCGCCAACUAUAGACAGUCCUCCAAUCAGUGCUCCCUACUUGUCCCACAUCGGGCAGUGCAUCGGCAUUUCGUGGCAAGUCAAGAGAAUUUAAUGUUUGGGCCUUAGGUUACCUAGGUGCUGUUGUUUCUCCGUCAUGUGUACAUCGCAUUUAUGUGUUAGUAACAAAAAUUUUACCUAGGCUAUUUAGCAGUAAUUAAAACGCGCUACUUCCACUCGAUUUUUAAGGACUGCCUUUGUGUGAAAACAUUCUUUUCAGGCUUAAGUCGUUUUGCAACUGAAAAAUGUGUGUGAAGUUCAUGCCGGAUAUAGUAUCUUCUGAGAGAACCAUCCACAUAUGGAAAAGCUGUUUUUUUUUUUCUUUUUUUAAAUUUUACGUGCAUUGCACCUUUUGUGUUCAUGAUUCUUGUGGUGAUUCAAACUUGCAGGGUGAUCGGUCGCUUGUAGGACUGGCUGUGUUCCACUGAGAUGAAUGGAACUGUCAUGACAUGCUUAAAAACUGACCUAUGCAGACUUUCUGUGUGUGUGUGUGUGUAUGUGUGUGUGUAUGUAUGUGUGUGUGCAUGUACUCUGGAAACUCUUGGCAUCAGUCGGUUGAAUGUGGACUAUUAAUGGGUGCUACGUGAAAGGAGUGAGCUUAUCGAGACCUCAUUUGGCUUUCUUGUACUUGGAACAGACUUCCAGUGUGUAUGUUCAAUAAAGGUGAAAAUGCUUUCAUGUUUGCAA